GCGCAGUGUGCAGCUCAGGAUUAGGUCCGUGCUAUCCAGAGCGGCACACACCGUCAUCCGCGAUGCACGCUUAGCGCGAGCUCUAAAGCAAACAGUAAACAAACAACAACAGUAAACAAUGAACGCCGCCACCGCCGCCUCCUGUCUACUGGUCGCCGGCUUCAGCUGCUUCCUGUACGGCGGCGGAGACCUGCUCUCAUCGCUGCUCCGUGUCUCCGUUGCAGAGCCCUCCAUGCCCGAGCCGGGAGCUGCUCCGCGGCGGAGCCCGCAGGGAGUCCCCUACACCGACCUGCCGCACAUCGUCAACGCCGACGGACUGCACCUGUUCUGCCGCUACUGGGAGCCCGCUGGCCCGCCAAGAGCGUUGGUGUUUGUCGCCCAUGGAGCCGCUGAGCAUUGUGGGCCGUACGAUGAGAUCGCUCAGAGGCUGAAGGAGCUUUCUCUGCUGGUGUUUGCACACGACCAUGUGGGUCAUGGUCAGAGUGAAGGAGAACGGAUGAACAUCAAAGACUUCCAGGUUUACAUCAGAGACUCCCUGCAGCACAUCGACCUCAUGAAGUCCCGCCACCCUGAGCUGCCGGUCUUCAUCGUGGGACACUCAAUGGGCGGUGCCAUCUCCAUCCUGACCGCCUGUGAGAGACCUGAGGAUUUUUCUGGAGUGGUUCUGAUCGCUCCGAUGGUCCAGAUGAGUCCGGAGUCGGUCACACCCUUCAAGGUUUUCAUGGCGAAGCUGCUGAACCACAUGCUGCCCAGCCUGCCUAUGGGCGCCAUCGACUCCAAAUGGAUUUCACGGGACAAGAAGCAGGUGGAGGCGUACGACUCUGAUGAGCUGAACUUCCGUGGAGGUGUCCGGGUGUCGUUCGGGAUGCAGAUGAUGGGGGCCGUGGCUCGGAUCGAGAAGGAGAUCCCGUCCAUCAGUUGGCCCUUCCUGCUCCUCCACGGAGAUGAAGACAAACUCUGUGACAUCCGAGGCUCUAAGACCAUGUUUGAGAACGCCUCAAGCUCUGACAAGAAGAUCAAGGUGUAUGAAGGAGGCUACCACGCUCUCCACCAUGACCUCCCAGAGGUUGUUGAGUCAGUGCUGAAGGAACUGACUGGUUGGAUCACAGAGCGUCUCCCUGUCGCCACAUCGCAGCAAAACUCCCAGAUUCAACCCUGAAAACUGGUUUCCAGAGCCCUGCUCAGCUUCUACUAACAACUACUGAUCCUCCUGGAGACGCUUGGGCUUCAGUUCCUCUACUAAAGGUUUAUCUUCUGGGUUUAUCUUCUGGGUUUAUACUGUACAAAAACACUACCCUCUUCCUCCAGACCACUGGUUUAACUGUAGUUACUGUAGAGAGGUUCAUCCUCUGGGUUCAUUCUGAACCGUCCUGACCAGUCGGACCACUGGUCUGGAGUUACUGUAGAUACUCAGCAGUGUAUAAAUUAAAUCAGGGAAGCUUCUCGUCCUGCAGCUCACCAGCUGGAGAUCAGAGUUCAGAGUGCAAUAAUGACGUUUCUGUCUCCUCCUCACUCGUACCAACAACCAGAUUCCUUAAAUCCUGAUGAUAGAAGUUAUUUGGAAGAUUAUUAAACUGCAGAGGAGCUUUCAGCCGUUCAGAGAAGAUCAGAGGAACCUCCUCAUAUCCACAGGAAGGUCAGAGGAACCUCCUCAGAUCAGCCCCUCUGCACAGUGAUCAGCUCGAUAUUCAGCUGAACUAAUCUCCUCUAAAACACCUGAUUGCAGAUGCAGCUUCCCGUCUUCUAUCUCCUUGUCUCUUUGUUUGGUCUGAAUACUCCAUGAGGCAGAUGGUUGGUGAACAUCUAGUCCAUCUGAACCCAGCAGAGGUCUGCACCCAAACCCAGUCUAGUAAUUAUUCUCUGAAGUGAAGACUUUAAUAUUUCUAGAGUUUAUUUUCUGAUACCUUCUGACCCCUGCAUUCAUAUCGACCUGUAAACACAACAACAAUAAUAACAACAACAAUAACAACAGCAGCUGUAAUCCAUUUAUAUCAACUUGUAAACUCAGAAACGUUCCCUCUGAAAGCUGUGAUCCUCUAAUAACCAGGAUAAAUAGCUGUGAUCCUCUAAUAACCAGGAUAAAUAGCUGUGAUCCUCUAAUAACCAGGAUAAAUAGCUGUGAUCCUCUAAUAACCAGGAUAAAUAGCUGUGAUCCUCUGCAGGAAGGAAUCAGACGCUGACCUUCUGACAUUUCAGGGUCCAACUGAUUGUCUGUUGGAGUCUGGACACGUUUUUAAUGAAGUUCAGACGUUGAGUCCAGCUGGAAGACGAGGAAUCAUCUGUGUUCAUUUAACAUCUGCUGUCUGUGAAUCCUUCAUCCAGAGCAGAAUAAACGACGUCUUCAUGAAUUAAAGUCAGAACAAUAGAAACAGCAUCUUCUGUCCAGCAGGUUCUAGGAGGAUUUACAUGAGAAAAAAUGGAAUUAAUGGUUAAACUUUUGGCUUUUUAAAGCAAAUUCUGGGCUUUUUAUUUGAAGCUGUCACGUUUUUUCCCCACUGUGUUAAUUAAUAACAUCAGGAACAGUGAGUGUUUGGGUUUGUAGUCCUCUGAAUCCCUUUAGAAGGAAAGCAGCUCACAUUAUUUAAAUGAUAAACUUCUGAAGUCAGAUCUAAACCAAAGUUAAUGUCCCGUUAGUUUAUAUCCUCGUUAACUAUAAACUAAACUCUUUAUUCUGUCAGGUCGGCUGGAAUCAGCUUAACAUUCUCCACCUUUUGUUCAUCAAACGUGAGACUCUUCCAGCAGAUUUCCCUUCAGCUGCACCUUUAGCUUCAGAAAUAAAAAAAGGAUCAAAUAUUUAAUAACUGAGGAGAUUCCUGCCGACACCAGACGUCCGUAUGUUGUGUGUUCCUCCAGAAAACACAUCCAGCUCCAGGCUUUUUAUUCCUCUUUUUAUCCCUCAGAGUUCAAACAGACUCCUGCAGAGAGUCAGGAAGCUCAGAGUGGUCUCCAUGGUGACCGCUACUCCUGUAACCACGGCAGCAGCUCGUUUUUUACCCUGUUUUACACGUUGUCACAUCAGCAGGCUACUCAUGGGGAACCACGGCUGGUUUUACCCCGUUUUACCCAUUGUCACCAUGGUGACCAUCACACAGCCAGAUACAAUGACAUGACUGUCUGCUUCAUGACUCCUCCUCUGUCCUCAUAGUUCCUCCGGUUCUCUGGUGGUUCUCUGGUGGUUCUCUAGUGGUCUCACCCAGCUUUAGGUUUGUUUCUUUCUGCUGUAGUAUCUGCUGGGUUUUGUUCCUUCCUGGUUCUACUCCAGGUUUAAAUGUCCUCUGCUGCCCCUAGUGGUCAGCUAUCAGAGCAGCAGCAGGUGACAUUAGUGACAGAAUCUGACUUUAAUCUGCAUUUAUUCAUCUGUGUUUUUAGCUGUUUAAUUUGUUUUAAAUGGAACUCACCACUGAACUCACUGCUGGUUCUGAAAAAAUGACAGAAAUUUAUUCACCUUCAGGUUUAAGUGUUUUAAGACUUCAGUCAGGUUUAGGUGGAAAAUCAGAGGAAUUCAUUGUGUUCAGAGGAAAAAGGCCCCACAUCAUAUGCAUAAUAGUUAACUUAGAUGAACCCUCUGAAGCCCAGGCUGCUUUAUUUCUGCUGCAUCUUUUGUCCAUGUGGGCUCAUUUUUUUAUUUUAAUAUACAGUCCUAAACCUCUAUGGAAACAGAAGAACCAGGAUUAGAAGCAGAAAGAUAAUCAAACCGUCUCUAAUGGAGUGAGAUCCAGUAGUUAUAGUUAUACUGACGGAAAUCCUUAAAAAGCAAAAAGUCAAUUUCUGUGUUUACGUUUUUUACAAAAUUGUAAAACAAAAACAAAUGGAAUCAAAAUGUACAUUUUAACAUUUCCCAAACAGAUGUUAUCAGUACUGGAAGAAAUGAGGGUUUCCACACUAUUAAUAUUUGAAUCCUUACAUUUUUAAUCCCCUCUGUGUGAACACUGCCUGCAGUUCAGCCGAGGUUCAUCCUGAGUUUUAUUCAUUAAUUAACAUUAAUUCUCAGCUGAUGGCUUCACAAUUAUGCUGAAAAAUGUAGAAUUGUUUUUUAACUGAAUCUAGUUGCUGCAAAUGGUUUAUUUUUAGUGAUUUUUUAAUGAGACGUCAAAUGAAUUCCUGAUUUAAUGAUAGAUGAUAGACGUCAAACAUGAUUAGUUUAAAACCUUUAUUUGUUUGUAACCAUUCCUUCUGGUUUUCUAGUUUCUGGCUCUGAUUAUGGCGUCAUUUAGUAUUUUCUAAAAGACAACAAGCCUUCCAAACCUGCUGGAAGCUUUUGGGGUUCAGAGGGUUAAAAUAGCGGAUUUAAAACAAGUAACAGGAAAAGCAGAUGAUAAAUAGAAGGACGUUCAGGAUUCAGUUCAUCCUCUGUGGUUUUAGAAGCACCAGGGCAAAUAUCAGCUGCCAGUGGUCUGAUGCAGAUGGGAUGUAUUCACCAGAACCUCCACCUCAUCCAGAGAUCCUCAGACACCUGCUCCUGAUCAGACUGCAGUAGAACAUGAAGGUCCUACAGUACCAGUACUAUUUGCUCUAGCUGAUAGACAGCUGAUAGAUGUCCUGCUGCAGAACAUCAUCCUGGAUCUUCUCUGACGUUCUAAAGUUCUGCCUGUCAGACUCCAUGAACACAUUACUGUCAUUAGAGAGGAAACAUGAGAGGAGAGAAGCUGUCAGUAACCAUGGCAGCCCAUUAAUAUUUAUUUAAAUCAGUGAAUGAAGGGUAGAGGAGGCAGUCUGAUCGUCUGUUUGCUUCUCUGAGGAUUUCCUUUGGAAAUAAUGAGCAGCCAGUAACAGACUAAAACACUAUUCCAUCCCAGCGAGGGGAUUUUAAGGCCACAUUUUUCACUUUUUUGGUAAAAAUCACUUAAACCCGGUGUAUUUCUGCCCCCUGUUCAUUCCAUGUGUGCUUUAGAGGUGGAGGAUGAUUACAUUACUCCGUCUCUUCCUGUAGCUGGACGUCUUUCCUGCUCAGAUUCAUGCUGAUGUCCUAAUCGACCAACUGUGCGCAGAGAAAGCCUUGGACAGUAAAAAUAACCCACUGACUGUUAAUAUCGUAAAUAACAGAAACUGUUGAAUCAAACCGGAGCCAUUUUUGUAAAGAAAAAGAAUCAGUUUGUUGCUGGUUUGUCGUUUUCUUUUCUAAUCUCGACUUUAUGACUGUUUCUAAGGACAGAACUGUUAAUGAUGGACUAGCAGAGUCGUUCUGUUCUGACUGAUGAGAUUAAAAUGCACUGGAAGCUUUCAGAGAAGCAGCAAGAGUUGAAGAGGUCUUCUCCAAAAUGCUGCCGCUGCAGGAACACAUGCAUGAACUUCAUCCAGACGUGAACCAUUCCCCGUCUAAACAGCUUCAGAUCAGCUUCACAAAGUUCAUGUCGCAUUUUGGAACAAAGCCUGCUUCAAAUCUUGCUGUUUUCCUCCAGCGGUGUCGACUGCUUUUAUUUCUAGAGUCGCUCUGCUGAAGCUAAUUAUAAAACACUUUAUGAUAACACAGCAUUGCUAACGAUAACCAAUCAGGACUCGCUUUGUAUUUGACACAUCUUUUAUUUAUAGAGAUUAAUUUUACGUAGAGGCAUCUAUAUAUUGAGACGGAGGCAGUUUUUAUAUAUUUACCCUCCUGGUUUCAGGUUUCAUAAUACUUUCUGAGGUUCCAGGUUGUUUCUGGUGAGAUUUCACAUCGAGCGAUGUUUUUUUUACUGUUCUAUGUUGAAAAAAAAUAACUUGGAGAACAUUAAAUGUUUAAACCAGAGAAGUCAAACUCAUUUUAAUGCAGGAGCCUCAUUCAGCCCAAUGUGAUCUCUAGUGACCAGUAAAACCAGACCAUAAUACCCUGAACAUAAGCACAACUACAACAUUUUUCCCGCUGCAUACUUAGUUCAUGUGAUUUGGUAUCCGUACAUAACAUGAAAUGAUUUUAAAUUUACCUUCCUUUCCACAGCAGUGUGGGGAUCCUGACCUCCUGAGCUGACAAAGCAAAUAAACUAAAUAGGAACUAUUAAAGAAGCAGCUUAAAUUGUCCCUCUGCCUUGUAAAUGUAUAAAAUUUAUACCUAAAAAAUACAUAAAGCUGUGUCAGUGCAUAAAAACAGGGUUCCACCAAACUUUACCAAGUUUGACAUCUCUGGUUUCAACAUUCUGAUUCUAAAAUGUGAUUUUCAGGAACUCAUUGUCACUUUAAUCUGAAGUUUUUCUUUUUAAAUAUCAUAAAAUUCAGUAGUAGUGACUGAGAGACUUCCUGGACCUCCCUUCCUUUACCUCAGAUCACAGAAUAACUACAACCAUCAGGUUUUCUCUGAAUCAUCUGAAGAAAUGCUAACGUGUUGUACGUUUAUUCCUGAACUGUUCUAGUGUUGUCUGUGCCUUAUCGAUGUGAGUCUGACAGUCUUUGUGCUCAUGUUUGAUUCUGUGAGUGUCUUGUAUAGAAUGGAAACCAGUUUGUCUGGUUCUCUGGUGUCACAUCUGGUUCUGCUUCAUUAAUGACCAUAAACAGACAGACAGGUGAAACCUUUAUUGAUCCCGCAGCCGUAUACUCAUACAGUCUAUGGUAGUUAUUUACCGUCUGCUGGUCUUCCUCCUGCCCGUCUGGAUUUCCAUCCAAUCAGGGCUCUCUUCACAUUUAGGUCAAAAAACAGUUUGUGAAUGUGGAAAACCUCCCAGCUCCUCAAACACCUGCUGAGAUUCAGACAUCCAGAGAAAGCGAAGCCUCUAUCUGGUCGUUCUAAGGACAGAAUGACGGUAAAGGUUCAGUUCAUCACAGGAGAACCAGAUGUGUUCUGUUUGAUUAUUCCAGACGUUCAAAGCAGAAAUAUUAAAUAACUCUCUACUUAUUCAGAUUUCAGGUGGAGGUGUGGUUUGGAUGUAACUUCAGCUGAAACCUUCAUAUUUCUGUUGUGUGUCUAAAAACUUCACAAAGUUUCUGUCUGUGUCUCUGUCAGGAUUUAAAAUAAAAAAUGUGUUUUAAUCAGAAAACCCAGCAGAGUGAUGUGAAACCUCCACAGAUAAAGUAUCAUGCAGUAAAAUAAUGAAUAAAAGACAAACUGGAUCCGACAAAGUUUAUUCUCCAGCAUCACGUUUUGAGUCUUCCUUGUAAAGUUCUGCUUGUUUGGUUUCUUACUGAGUCCUGGAGGACGUUUUAUUGAACCGUCCAGCGCUGAAGUUCAUCAACAGAUCACCUUCCAUUCAUAUUCAGAUUAAACCGUUUAAAAUACAGCAUCAGUUUACUACGAUGUUGUAAAUAAUGUGUAAAUAGAUGUAAUACUGGGUUCUGAUUGUUACCAGACUGUUCAUAAAGUCCAAACUCUCUGACAGAAUAAACUACAUGAAUGUUUAA